UCUCACGAGAGAUUGAUACACAAAAUAUCUUUAUCAUACAGAAAAAGAGUUCAGGUGUCUUGCGGUCUCUGCCACUGACACAGACUCAGCCUUGAUUCAGAUGACACGCAGAUGGCACUUUUCACGAUGGAGGGGCUGAUCUGUUACUUAAAGGACAAGUUCUCUGUGACAUCUGACAAACGACAGCUGAACGUCAACGUCAGAGAUGUGGCAACUGGCCUCCAUCAAUCUUAUCUGAGGUGGAUUCACACGCAGGGGCUCAAUUCCAGCCACAAUCUGUUUCACAAGGUGAGGGACAAAGGGUGGUUGAUCCAGAUACCGGCUCUACACAAGCGGCGGGCCCCUGAUGACACGUGCACGAGGGCGUUGACGACGCCAGGAGGAAAUGGGGGAGGAGGAAAGACGGCGCUGCCGGGAUACGGGCGGAGGAAGGGGUGUGGGGGAGUGGUUCGCGCAGCACCAGCGGGUCUCGUGGUUCAUAGCGCAUUCCCUCUCCUCCCCUCUCAUGAGAAAGCUGAGCUGGCGUUCCAGCUUGGCUGCCAUGUGGCAUCCGUUACGCACGGUCAUCCCUCGGCGGUUCUCCCCGCCGGCAUGCUGGCCGCCAUCAUCUCUAGAAUCCUCUCGCGAGAUUCUCUGGCCGGGGCGAUAAUGAACAGCGUGCAGUUCUUGCGCCGGGAGAGCGACAACCAAGAGACGUUGUUGGCGUUGCAGAAGGCCUGUGUGCUGGCCGAUGACCUGAUACUCCAUGGCGGAUUAUCAACAGAUGCCGACCGACAGAAGCUAGCGAUGGAGCAUAUUCAUCAGAUAGGGGAGGGAUGGGAGGGACACGAGGCUCUUGCCAUUGCGGUUUACUCUUGUUGUGCAUCAUGCAACGACUUUGGGACAGCAUUAUACUAUGCUGUGCGACAUCGAGGUGACUCUGACUCUACGGGCGCCAUCGCCGGCAACAUCAUGGGAGCCUUGUUGGGAGAGAAAUCCAUUCCAGAAAGAUGGAAAUCUCAGAUAGAGUUGACGUACGUGCUACGUGAGGUGGCCGAGGAUCUGACCCUGAUUGCGGAAAAGAGUAGACAGGAAAACUGGGAAGAGAAGUAUCCGACACCACUCGGUGUGGUGAGGAGCACUGCUCCUCCAAAUCUGCACCCCGGUUCUCGUUGUCAUCUGUACAUGCCAUCCCACUAAAUUUACACAUUUUGUCACCCACACACACUCAAGCACUCACACUGCACAUACACACGCACACACACACACACACUCACACACACACACACACACACACACACACAGACUUGUAUAGCAAACAUGGCAACUCACACAAACACACAAAUGAACACACACACAAACACAUCUAUAUGUAUGGAGCACAAAGUACAACAAACAGGAACACCGCCG